ACCAUAAAAAAAACGGAGUAAACGUGAAGAGAUCUCAACCGUUAAACUGAAACGCAAUAGCCAUCAGAUUUAGGGCGUCGUGGUCUUCCUAGGGCUUUAAUUCGUUAUCUUCGGCGCCGACGGGAACCCUCCUUUGGUUUAGGACUUCAGCGACAGGGAGAAGGACAAGAGAGAAUCGGAAAAAUGGUUCAACGUCUCACUUACCGGACGCGACACAGCUACGCCACCAAGUCCAACCAGCACCGUGUCGUCAAAACCCCAGGUGGUAGGCUUGUUUACCAGAGCACAAAGAAGAGAGCUAGUGGUCCUAAGUGUCCUGUUACUGGGAAAAGAAUUCAAGGGAUCCCUCACUUGAGACCUGCUGAAUAUAAGAGGUCCAGACUAUCUCGGAACAGGAGGACUGUGAACCGUGCAUAUGGUGGUGUAUUAUCUGGAAGCGCUGUUAGAGAAAGGAUCAUCCGUGCAUUUUUGGUAGAAGAGCAGAAGAUAGUGAAGAAGGUUUUGAAGAUUCAGAGGGCUAAAGAAAAGCAAUCUUCAAAGAGUUAAAAAAGAUAUGAUGGAUAAUCUUUGCAUUUUACUUUCACUUUGCUUGAAUCGUAUAUUUUUUCUUUUAAGAAAUCAGUGUUUGUCAUGCACGAUAUUAACCUGAGGUCUGUUUAAACAUAAAUUAGUAUUUUAUUUUUCGGUGGAUCUAUUCCCUACAUAUUACUUAAUGAUUGUUCAUUUUUUUAUGUCAAAAUUACUGCUCCAUUUUAUACAAAGGAAGAAGUGAUUUCUGGUCUGGACUGAAAAAAAAAAACACAGAAUGACCAACCACAACCUCUGGAUCUGACAUGUUUUUACCACUAUCCCUUGUGCAAAUUUUAACCUGUGUUACCCUGAGUCAUACUUUAGUGAAGAUUCAACCUGUAUUAGCCUGAUUUAUGCUUUACUGAAGAUUUUGAAGACCAAGAUUUCUACUUUGGAGACAAUUCUUAAUACAGGCAAAAUCAAGUGCUCAAUGAAGAAAUUGCUUCAACUGAGAUUGACAUUGUGUUUGUACUUAGUAAUUCAAUGUUACAGGCUGGCGCUUGUUAUUUGUCUGUGUAUUGAAUAAAAUUCCUUGAUGGGCAAGUUGCUUGUCUUUGGUCUUAUCCAUAACAUAGAUAAAGGAUCUACAAAUUUUAUUGUAUACAUAUUUCUAUCAUUUUCAUCCUCUAAGUCUAUCCUA